ACACUGUCCCAGGUCAACCCCCUCCUGGCCUCCCUGUCCCUCCCGGGACGGCCCCUCCAGACCCAGCUGGACAUCAAGCACUUCCUGCCGCUCCACGUCAAUGCCUCCUCCUCCUCCCCCCUCAACCUCUUCCCCAACUUCAACAGGGUGAGCUGCUCUCACACACAUGCAUGUAUACAGGCAUGCACACACUAGGGUUGGGAGGUAUCCAGAUUUUCAUACCGUCAUACCGUUUCUGUACCAUACCGGGGUAUAUGGUAUUACAGAGUGUGCACACAAGGGGCGCACAAAUGGGGGGGGCGCACAAAUAUAUUUAGGCAACAGGGAUCUUGAUCCAGGAGGGAAUUGCAUAUAUCUGCUGUAACCAAGAAGCUUGAUCUUGACAUCUAGCCACAUAGCUAGCAAGUUAGCAAACCAAAUGCAUAGCUGGAACCCAGAGCUGGAUAUCAUUUAUUUGACACAUCUUUGAUUUCUUAUAGUUCUACUUAAUGUAUAGUUAUAAGCAGUGCCGUCGCACGCACCCCCGCAGCCUCAGCGAGGGAAUUGAAAAUCAUAUCAUCGGUAUUUCGAAAUACCCCGGUAUACGGUAUAAACGGUAUAUCGCCAAAGCCUAGCACACACACACACACACACACACACACACACUGUUCGGGAGUAUGUCCAGUUCCUGUCUUAUUACCUGUUCCCUUAUGUACUUGAUGACAUGUACAGUUGAAGUCGGAAGUUUACAUACACCUUAGCCAAAUACGUUUAAACUCAGUUUUUCACAAUUCCUGACAUUUAAUCCUAGUAAAAAUUCCCUCUCUUAGGUCAGUUAGGUUCACCACUUUAUUUUAAGAAUGUGAAAUGUCAGAAUAAUAGUAGAGAGAAUUAUUUAUUUCAGCUUUUAUUUCUUUCAUCACAUUCCCAGUGGGUCAGAAGUUUACAUACACUCAAUUAGUAUUUGGUAGCAUUGCCUUUAAAUUGUUUAACUUGGGUCAAACGUUUCGUGUAGCCUUCCACAAGAUUCCCACAAUAAGUUGGGUGAAUUUUGGCCCAUUCCUCCUGACAGAACUGGUGUAACUGAGUCAGGUUUGUAGGCCUCCUUGCUCGCACACACUUUUUCAGUUCUGCCCACAAAUCUUCUAUAGGAUUGAGGUCAGGGCUUUGUGAUGGCCACUCCAAUACCUUGACUUUGUUGUCCUUAAGCCAUUUUGCUACAACUUUGGAAGUAUGCUUGGGGUCAUUGUCCAUUUGGAAGACCCAUUUGGGACCAAGCUUUAACUUCCUGGCUGAUGUCUUGAGAUGUUGCUUCAAUAUAUCCACAUAAUUUUCCUUCCUCAUGAUGCCAUCUAUUUUGUGAAGUGCACCAGUCCCUCCUGCAGCAAAGCACCCCCACAGCAUGAUGCUGCCACCCCCGUGCUUCACAGUUGGGAUGGUGAUUUUCGGCUUGCAAGCAGCUCCCUUUUUCCUCCAAACAUAACGAUGGUCAUUAUGGCCAAACAGUUCUAUUUUUGUUUCAUCAGACCAGAGGACAUUUUAUCAAAAAGUACAGUCUUUGUCCCCAUGUGCAGUUGCAAACCGUAGUCUGGCUUUUUUAUGGCGGUUUUGGAGCAGUGGCUUCUUCCUUGCUGAGCUGCCUUUCAGGUUAUGUCGAUAUAGGACUGGUUUUACUGUAGAUAUAGAUACUUUUGUACCUGUUUCCUCCAGCAUCUUCACAAGGUCCUUUGCUGUUGUUCUGGGAUUGAUUUGCACUUUUCGCACCAAAGUACGUUCAUCUCUAGGAGACAGAACGUGUCUCCUUCCUGAGCGGUAUGACGGCUGCGUGGUCCCAUGGUGUUUAUACUUGCGUACUAUUGUUUGUACAAAUGAACGUGGUACCUUCAGGCAUUUGGAAAUUGCUCCCAAGGAUGAACCAGACUUGUGGAGGUCUACAAUUUUAUUUCUGAAGUCUUGGCUGAUUUCUUUUGAUUUUCCCAUGAUGUCAAGCAAAGAGGCACUGAGUUUGAAGGUAGGCCUUGAAAUACAUCCACAGGUACACCUCCAAUUGACUCAAAUGAUGUCAAUUAGCCUAUCAGAAGCUUCUAAAGCCAUUUUCUGGAAUUUUCCAAGCUGUUUAAAGGCACAGUCAACUUAGUGAAUACAUGCUCAACUUCAGUCCUGGAGGGCAGCAGUGUUGGUUGGCUGUCUUCUUAUGUCCUUGCCAUACAAUAUCAGACCAAAUUAUUUGUUGGAAAAUGUCUUGCCAAUCAAGAAAUCAGCAGGACUCGCGUUGUGUAACCCUCCCUGACCUUGUAGUUCAGGGGUGGUCAUGGACAACAACCCUCCUGAGGAGCUAUACCCCCCUGCAGGCUUUUGCUCCAGCCCUGCUCAAACACACCUGAUUAUACUAAUCAGCUGCUCCUCAAGACCUUGAUUAGGGUCGUGUUCAUUAGGCCCCAAACGGAAUCAAACCGACUGAAACAGGGAAUACCUGGACCUGCACUAAUUUUCACUUUCCGUUGUGAAGCAUUCUAAAGGUUUUCCGUUGCGUGCCCUGAUGAACAUGAGCCAGGUAUGUUAGAGCAAAGGCCUACAGGAGAGUAGCUCCCCAGGAGGGUUGGUUGACCGCCCCUGUAAUAGUUAGACACAACUAAAUCUGAGUAAUGUUUGGGUUUAGUCUGGCUUGUUUUGUGUGCGACAGAUGGACCCGGUCCAGAAGGCGGUUAUCAACCACACGUUCGGCGUGGCACCGCCCAAGAGGAAACAGAUAAUCUCCUGCAACAUAUGUCACCUCCGCUUCAACUCCACCGUAAGUCAGUCAAUUCCGUUACAACGAUAAUACAGGCUGAAGCUAUCCUCCUCUCUGUCAGAUCGUUCAUCACUCUGACGGUGUGUGUGUGUGCGUGUGCGUGUGCGUGUGUGCGCAUGCGUUCUCCUGUUCCUCUAUCUCUGUGAAAGUUGUGAGCCUUUCUCCGCCUAUCAGCCAGAAAAAGCAGUAAACCCAGACACCCUCUCUCUGCUGGCAUCCAAAUCCACACAUAGAAGAACCAUCGCAGUCCACACUCACAAAAACUGACACUCACACUCACACUCACUGAGCACACACACACACUCACUGAGCACACAGAGACUCAUGAACACAGAGGGAAUGCUCAAUACAUCUGUGGACUGGUCCAUUCACGAGAACUAAUUAAAUUUUGGGGGCUCAAGCUAUGCUUAUCAAGGAAUUGAAGAACUGCUUGAUGGGGCUAUUAUGUACUGUAUAUAUACAGUGCAUUCGGAAAGUAUUCAGACCCCUUGACUUUUUCCACAUUUUGUUACAUUACAGCCUUAUUCUAAAAUUGAUUACAUUCUUUUCCCCCCUCAUCAAUCUACACACAAUACCCCAUAAUGACAAAGCGAAAACAGGUUUUUAGAAUUUUUUGCACAUUUAUUACAAUUAGAAAAACUGAAAUACGUUAUUUACAUAAAUAUUCAGACCAUUUGCUAUGAGACUUGAAAUUGAGCUCAGGUGCAUCUUGUUUCCAUUGAUCAUCCUUGACAUGUUUCUACAACAUGAUUGGAGUCCACCUGUGGUAAAUUCAAUUGAUUGGACAUGAUUUGGAAAGGCACACACCUGUCUAUAUAAGGUCACACAGUUGACAGUGCAUGUCAGAGCAAAAACCAAGCCAUGAGGUCGAAGAAAUUGUCUGUAGAGCUCAGACACAGGAUUGUUUCGAGGCAAAGAUCUGGGGAAGGGUACCAAAACAUUUCUGCAGUAUUGAAGGUCCCCAAGAACACAGUGGCCUCCCUCAUUCUUAAAUGGAAGAAGUUUGGAACCACCAAGACUCUUCCUAGAGCUGGCCGCCCAGCCAAACUGAGCAAUCGGAUGAGAAGGGCCUUGCUCAGGGAGGUGACCAAGAACCCAUUGGUCACUCUGACAGAGCUCCAGAGUUCCUCUGUGGAGAUGGGAGAACCUUCCAGAAGGACAACCAUCUCUGCAGCACUCCACCAAUCAGGCUUUUAUGGUAGAGUGGCCAGAUGGAAGCCACUCCUCAGUAAAAGGCACAUGACAGCCCGCUUGGAGUUUGCCAAAAGGCACCUAAAGGACUCUCAGACCAUGAGAAACAAGAUUCUCUGGUCUGAUGAAACCAAGAUUGAACUCUUUGGCCUGAAUGCCAAGCGUCACGUCUAGAGGAAACCUGGCACGAUCCCUACAGUGAAGCAUGGUGGUGGCAGCAUCAUGCUGUGGGGAUAUUUUUCAGCGGCAGGGACCGGGAGACUAGUCAGGAACGAGGGAAAGAUGAACAGAGCAAAGUACAGACAGAUCCUUGAUGAAAACCUGCUGCAGAGCGCUCACGACCUCAGACUGGGGUGAAGGUUCACCUUCCAACAGGACAACGACCCUAAGCACACAGCCAAGACAACGCAGGAGUGGCUUCGGGACAAGUCUCUGAAAAUAGCUGUGCAGCGAUGCUCCGCAUCCAACCUGACAUAGCUUGAGAGGAUCUGCAGAGAAGAAUGGGAUAAACUCCCCAAAUACAGGUGUGCCAAGCUUGUAGCGUUAUACCCAAGAAGACUCAAGGCUGUAAUCGCUGCCAAAGGUGCUUCAACAAAGUAUUGAUUAAAGGGUCUGAAUACUUAUGUAAAUGUAAUAUUUCAGUUUUUUAUUUUUAAUAAAUUUGCAAUAAUAAAAAAUAAAAAACUGUUUUUGCUUUGUCAUUAUGGUGUAUUGUGUGUAGAUUGAUGGGAGGAAAAAAACGAUUUAAUCCAUUUGAGAAUAAGGCUGUAACGUAUCAAAAUGUGGAUAAAGUCAAGGGGUCUGAAUACUUUCCGAAUGCGCUGUAUAAACUGUGUAACUAGUUACCAAGUUGUUUGCCAAAAUCCUUUCCCCUUUCCUCAUUUCUUGUCACUUUUGGUUGCUGUUCUGAUGCUGAGAUCCAGAGAUCUCAUCUCCUCUCAUACUGUUUCUUUGUCUACUCUAUGACCAGAACCAGGCUGAGGCUCACUACAAGGGCCACAAACACGCACGCAAGCUGAAAGCCAUGGACGCCCAGAGGAACCGUCAGAGGGGCCAGGGCUCCAUGGCAGGGAGGGAGAGAGACAGGGAGAGGGGGAAGACUGGAGUGUCAAAGGCCCUACCAGCACUGAUGGACCCCAGCCUCACAGAGGGAACAGGUAAAAUACCAGGUCUGGAAAAAAAAGUUCCACUCUCGCCUGCUCUCCUCCUUCCUUUGAAGUAAGGGUUGAGAUCUGAUUGCCAUCAACAGUUAGGAUUCAUGUCAGAUCAGUGAUCAUAGCAAGGAACAUGCAUGCGGAGGAUGUGGUAUUGACGUGUUGGAGCAGAGCUGUUGUUGUAAGCUAUCCUGGAAUCCACAUUGAAUAUUGUUCUGUUUCGCCAUUGUUUCAAUUCAUUGAAUAAGUGUGGAUUCCAGGUUAAUUGUAACCUUGUUUUCUGUCCGCAAAACAGUUCUCACAGCAAAGAAACUUGCCCAUAAUAGCCAGUUUAGGUAGACAAGACAGCUACUCUUAAUCCAAGUUUGGAAUGCUACUGCUAGGGAUUGCAUUGCAUGCAACCCAUCUUCACGACACUUGUGUUGAAUCCGCUUUAAAGAUCACAGAUUUCUCACAGACAUCGUAAAAACCUAAGUUACGGUAGGAGAUCAUUCCUGCUAAAAAUAUUGAUAAUUUUAGUGCUGUUUUGUGGACAGAAAAUGUCGGCCAUGCCGUUUACCAAUCAGAACAGUAUCUUUGUCUUGUCAUUUGUCAAGCCAUUUUUCUCAUCUGAAAAUAACCCCAUCUCCUGUCGCUCCUUCCUUCGCUGUAUUUACAAGACUCAUCUUCUUUUUCUAUCGAUUCUCUCCUUUGUUCACCAUAUUUCAAUUCCAUUUAACGACAUAAUGAUAGAGCCUUUAUAUCCAGGGUAACCAUGGCAAUUGAUUGAUGGAGAGAAAGGGAGAGGGAGAGAGAAAAAGGGAGAGAGAGAAAAAGGGAGAGAGAGAAAGGGAGAGAGAGUGAGAGAAAGGUGAGAUUAUUGAUUUAUUACAAACAUUCUAGUAUACAGUGCCUUGCAAAAGUAUUCAUCCCCCUUGGUGAUUUUCCUAUUUUGUUGCAUUACAACCUGUAAUUUAAAUGGAUUUUUAUUUGGAUUUCCAAAUUGGUGAAGUGUAAUGAAAAAAAAACUUGUUUUAAAGAAUUCUAAAAAAUUAAUAACGGAAAAGUGGUGCGUGCAUAUAUAAUCACCCCCUUUGCUAUGAAGCCCCUAAAUAAGAUCUGGUGCAACCAAUUACCUUCAGAAGUCACAUAUUUAGUUAAAUAACAUGAUCUCAGUAUAUAUACACCUGUUCUGAAAGGCCCCAGAGUCUGCAACACCACUAAACAAGGGGCACCACCAAUCAAGCGGCACCAUGAAGACCAAGGAGCUCUCCAAACAGGUCAGGGACAAAGUUGUGGAGAAGUACAGAUCAGGGUUGGGUUAUAAAAAUAUAUCAGAAACGUUGAACAUCCCACAGAGCACCAUUAAAUCCAUUAUUAAAAAAUGGAAAGAAUAUGGAACCACAACAAACCUGCCAAGAGAGGGCCGCCCACCAAAACUCACAGACCAGGCAAGGAGGGCAUUAAUCAGAAAGGCAACAAAGAGACCAAAAAUAACCCUGAAGGAGCUGAAAAGCUCCACAGCGGAGAUUGGAGUAUCUGUCCAUAGGACCACUUUAAGCCAUACACUCCACAGAGCUGAGCUUUACGGAAGAGUGGCCAGAAAAAUGGCAUUGCUUAAAGAAAAAAAUAAGCAAACACGUUUGGUGUUCGCCAAAAGGCAUGUGGGAGACUCACCAAACAUAUGGAGGAAGGUACUCUGGUCAGAUCAAGGAAAACGCUAUGUCUGGCGCAAACCCAACACCUCUCAUCACCCCGAGAACACCAUCCCCACAGUGAAGCAUGGUGGUGGCAGCAUCAUGCUGUGGGGAUGUUUUUCGUCAGCAGGGACCGUGAAACUGGUCAGAAUUGAAGGAAUGAUGGAUGGCGCUAAAUACAGGGAAAUUCUUGAGGGAAACCUGUUUCAGUCUUCCAGAGAUUUGAGAAUGGGAUGGAGGUUCACCUUCCAGCAGGACAAUGACCCUAAGCAUACUGCUAAAGCAACACUCAAGUGAUUUCAGGGGAAACAUUUAAAUGUCUUGGAAUGGCCUAGUCAAAGCCCAGACCUCAAUCCAAUUGUACACCAGCGGAACCCAUCCAACUUGAAGGAGCUGGAGCAGUUUUGCCUUGAAGAAUGGGCAACAAUCCCAGUGGCUAGAUGUGCCAAGCUUAUAGAGACAUACCCCAAGAGACUUGCAGCUGUAAUUGCUGCAAAAGGUGGCUCUACAAAGUAUUGACUUUGGGGGGGGGUGAAUAGUUAUGCAUGCUCAAGUUCUGUUUUUUUUGUGUUAUUUCUUGUUUGUUUCACCCCAAAAAAAUAUUUUGCAUCUUCAAAGUGGUAGGCAUGUUGUGUAAAUCAAAUUAUACAAACCCCCCAAAAUUCCAUUUUAAUUCCAGGUUGUAAGGCAACAAAAUAGGGAAAAUGCCAAGGGGGGUGAAUACUUUCGCAAGCCACUGUAUUCCUGUCUUUGACCAUCGUUGUUAUAUGUUUACUUUGACAAUGUACAGUGCCUUCAGAAAGUAUUCACAGCCCUUGACCUUUCCACAUUUUGUUGUGUUACAGCCUGAAUUUCAAAUGGAUUCAAUUGAGAUUUUUUUGUCGCUGACCUACACACAAUACCCCAUAAUAUCAACGUAGAAUUAUGUUUUAAAAAUGAAAAGCUGAAAUGUCUAGAGUUAAUAAGUAUUCAAUCCCUUUAUUAUGGCAAGCCUAAAUAAGUUCAAGAAAAAAAAUUGGCCUAACAAGUCACAUAAUAAGUUGCAUGGACUCACUUUUUGUGCAAUAAUAGUGUUUAACAUGAUUUUUGAAUGACUACCUCAUCUCUGUACCCCACACAUACAACUAUCUGUAAGGUCCCUCAGUUGCGCAGUGAAUUUUGAACACAGAUUCAACCACAAUGACCAGGGAGGUUUUCCAAUGCCUCACAAAGAAGAGCACCUAUUGGUAGAUGGGUAAAAAAACAAAAAACAGAUAUUGAGCAUGGUGAAGUUAUUAAUUACACUUUGGAUGGUGUAUCAAUACACCCAACCACUACAAAGAAGGAAACUACUCAGGGAUUUCACCGUGAGGCCAAUGGUGACUUUAAAACAGUUACAGAGUUUAAUGGCUGUGAUACGAGAAAACUGAGCUUGGCUCAACAACAUUGUAGUUACUCCACAAUACUAACCUAUUUGACAGAGUGAAAAGAAGGAAGCCUGUACAGGAUAAAAAUAUUCUAAUACAUGCAUCCUGUUUGCAAUAAUACUUUUUUUACCUGAAUACAAAGUAUUAUGUUUGGGGCAAAUCCAAUAGAUCAGAUCACUGAGUACCACUCUCCAUAUUUUCAAGCAUAGUGGUGGCUGCAUCAUGUUAUGGGUAUGCUUGUAAUUGUUAAGGACUGGGGAGUUUUUCAUGAUAAAAAAGAAACGGAAUGGAGCUAACCACAGGACAAAUCCUAGAGGAAAACCUGGUUCAGUCUGCUUUCCACCAGACACGGCCAAAUCUACUCUGGAGUUGCUUACCUAGAAGACAGUGAAUGUUCCUGAGUGGCCGAGUUACAGUUUUGACUUAAAUCUACUUGAAAAUCUAUGGCAAGACCUGUAAAUGGUUGUCUAGCACGUUCCAUGUCAAUAAAGUAUAUUGAAUUGAAAAGAAAUAUUCAGAGAGCAACAGACUGAGAGAUGUAGAGAUACACUUAUGUGGUUGUAAUUGUAAUUUUAAAUGAUCAAAUCAAUUUGACCUAUGUAUGUAUCUAGAGAGACAGGUAGAGAGAGGCUAAACAUGCUACCAGUGUCGAGCACUGCUCUCAGUAAACACAGCAGAAUCUACAUUGAUUAGCUGCUCUGCAUGUGUAUUUAAUUGAAUCCAGCUCUCACAUGAAUCCACUGUCUUUGGCUGCCUGAUAUAGUUGCCAAGUUAGUGCUGGCCUUUCUCUCCCCAUGUAGCCCUAACUCCAUUGUCUGACGUCAGAUAGAGAUUAGAGUCAGUUGAGGGGCUAGUGGUGUGUAGGACCUGUCGGAAGACAAUGUAACCCCAAUCCCUGUUUGUAUGUGAAUACCACAUGUACGAUAACUCUCAAACAGCAACGUCUCUCUCCCCAGGCCUGCUAUCGGCUCCCCAGCCCCCCACCAGACCGAAGCUGGAUGACACCCUCCAGGGGGUCUCCCCAACCCCUACGCCCGUCUCGGAGACCUCUUCCCUGGACGCCUUGGCCCUCCUCUCCCCCCAGGUCUCCCCUGCUGCCUACCAGCUCUCAGAGCUCACGUCAGACGGUAGCCCUAUGGAGGGUCCCAGCCCGACACCGGACUCCAACCCGCCGCUGGAGGGCCAGGGGGAGUCCCCAGGGGCACCAGAAGGGGAAGAGGAGACCAGGCAGGGAAAAAAGAGCCCCCCCGCCAAGCAGCACCUCCACUGUCCCAUGUGCAAAGUCACAGUCAACUCCUCGUCCCAGCUAGAAGCCCACUAUAGCGGUAUGCACUGCAAUAUGUCUAUUUAUUUAUUUAUUUAUUUAUUCAUUUAUUUUACCUUUAUUUAACUAGGCAAGUCAGUUAAGAACAAAUUCUUAUUUACAAUGACGGCCUACACCGGCCAAACCCGGACGACGCUGUGCCAAUUGUGCGCCGCCCUAUGGGACUCCCAAUCACGGCUGGUUGUGAUACAGCCUGGAAUCGAACCAGGGGUUCUGUAGUGAUGCCUCAAGCACUGAGAUGCAGUGCCUUAGACCGCUGUCUGUAUGGUGUUUUCUAUUGAGUGAUAAGUAGAUACUAUUUAAAUGGUGACCUAUGAUUCUGAUUAAAUUAACAUUUUAACUGAUAAAGGAAUCAAUAGCCAUGUGGUCGUGUCUGUGAUGUGUGUCUGUGAUGUGUCUGUGGUGUCCUAGGCUCCAAACACAAGCAGAUGCUGGAGGGCCAGGCGGGUGCUCAGGCGCGACGCCGAGGCAAGGUAAUGUCAUCGCCUAGGCCGACGUGCAGGAGCAAGCAGUCAAUCAGCAGCAAGGCCAGGGUGGGCGUGGCCCUGGCUAGCCAACCAUUCCACUGCGAGAUGUGUGAAGUGUCCGUCAAUUCGGAGACGCAGCUCAAACAGGUGUGUGUGUUUCUGAGUGUUUUUGAGUGUGUGUAGUACAGCUUCAGUAUAUAUAUGCCAUGCACUCAGUCCUUGCAUGUGGAGCUCUGUCUAUGAAUUUGAGAGGGGUUACAUUUCCCUAGUCCUAUCGCUCAGCUGUAGACGAAAACAAGUGGGAUUUUCAAAUGUAUUUAGAAUGAAUCCCACAAUGUAGCUUUUAAGGGAUGUUUCACUCAAUAUACAGUGAGGGGAAAAAAGUAUUUGAUCCCCUGCUGAUUUUGUACGUUUGCCAACUGACAAAGACAUGAUCAGUCUAUAAUUUUAAUGGUAGGUUUAUUUGAACAGUGAGAGACAGAAUAACAACAAAAAAAUCCAGAAAAACGCAUGUCAAAAAUGUUAUAAAUUGAUUUGCAUUUUAAUGAGGGAAAUAAGUAUUUGACCCCUCUGCAAAACAUGACUUAGUACUUGGUGGCAAAACCCUUGUUGGCAAUCACAGAGGUCAGACGUUUCUUGUAGUUGGCCACCAGAUUUGCACACAUCUCAGGAGGGAUUUUGUCCACUCCUCUUUGCAGAUCUUCUCCGAGUCAUUAAGGUUUCGAGGCUGACGUUUGGCAACUCGAACCUUCAGCUCCCUCCACAGAUUUUCUAUGGGAUUAAGGUCUGGAGACUGCUUAGGCCACUCCAGGACCUUAAUGUGCUUCUUCUUGAGCCACUCCUUUGUUGCCUUGGCCAUGUGUUUUGGGUCAUUGUCAUGCUGGAAUACCUAUCCACAACCCAUUUUCAAUGCCCUGGCUGAGGGAAGGAGGUUUUCACCCAAGAUUUGACGGUACAUGGCCCCGUCCAUCAUCCCUUUGAUGCGGUGAAGUUGUCCUGUCCCCUUAGCAGAAAAACACCCCCAAAGCAUAAUGUUUCCACCUCCAUGUUUGACGGUGGGAAUGGUGUUCUUGGGGUCAUAGGCAGCAUUCCUCCUCCUCCAAACACGGCGAGUUGAGUUGAUGCCAAAGAGCUCGAUUUUGGUCUCAUCUCACCACAACACUUUCACCCAGUUCUCCUCUGAAUCAUUCAGAUGUUCAUUGGCAAACUUCAGACGGCCCUGUAUAUGUGCUUUCUUGAGCAGGGGGACCUUGCGGGCGCUGCAGGAUUUCAGUCCUUCACGGCGUAGUGUGUAACCAAUUGUUUUCUUGGUGCCUAUGGUCCCAGCUGCCUUGAGAUCAUUGACAAGAUCCUCCCGUGUAGUUCUGUGCUGAUUCCUCACCGUUCUCAUGAUCAUUGCAACUCCACGAGGUGAGAUCUUGCAUGGAGCCCCAGGCCGAGGGAGAUUGACAGUUAUUUUGUGUUUCUUCCAUUUGCGAAUAAUCAAACCAAAUGUUGUCACCUUCUCACCAAGCUGCUUGGCGAUGAACUUGUAGCGCAGUCCAGCCUUGUGUAGGUCUACAAUCUUGUCCCUGACAUCAUUGGAGAGCUCUUUGGUCUUGGCCAUGGUGGAGAGUUUGGAAUCUGAUUGAUUGAUUGAUUGCUUCUGUGGACAGGUGUCUUUUAUACAGGUAACAAGCUGAGAUUAGGAGCACUCCCUUUAAGAGUGUGCUCCUAAUCUCAGCUCAUUACCUGUAUAAAAGACACCUGGGAGCCAGAAAUCUUUCUGAUUGAGAGGGGGUCAAAUACGUAUUUCCCUCAUUAAAAUGCAAAUCAAUUUAUAACAUUUUUGACAUGCGUUUUUCUGGAUAUUUUUGUUGUUAUUCUGUCUUUCACUGUUCAAAUAAACCUACCAUUAAAAUUAUAGACUGAUCAUUUCUUUGUCAGUGGGCAAAGGUACAAAAUCAGCAGGGGAUCAAAUACUUUUUUUCUCUCACUGUAAAACCUAACAUGCUUUGCUUUUGUCCCUCAGCACAUGAGCAGCAGAAGACACAAAGACCGGUUGUCAGGAAAGCCCCAGAAACCGAAGUUCAGCCCUUAUACUAAGAGCCAGCCAAACCCUGUUUUAGCGGUGAGUGUCCGUCCAACACACACACACACACACACACCAACUACCCCUCCUGUCCUGCCCAUUCAUUCCCACACAGCCAGCGUUCUUAUUUUUUCGCCCCCUUUCCCCCGUUCUUGUGUCCUCUCUGCAGAGCGUGAGAUGGAGUGGUUUCCCAUUUGGGGGGGUGACCUCGGCCAUAGGGAAACUGGCCAGCCACUGCCACCUCAGCACUUACAACCCUCAGGUGAGGGCCAAGGGCCCGAGAGAGAGAUUGGAAAGGAAAGGGGUCCAUAUUCUACCAUGCCAUCUGUCAUGUAGAUAUCACUAAAUGCAAAAGCUGAAAUCUGCAUGUUGUGACAGUUGAAAACCAGCUGGCAAAACUGGUUGCAAUAACGUCGCUACGAAGUCUUUCAUGGCGUCAUGGUCAGGUUGUAUACUGCUUAUAUGAGGAUGUUUUGUGAAUGUCUUUUUAGCAACCGGAGACCGAUGUCUUUAUCUGGUUGUCUGGAUGUUUUACCAGAUAACCAAACUAUGACGUCCAUGACAUCAGACGUCUUUACCUGGAUGUAACAGAGACCAGUUGGUUGUAUUUUAGUUACAUCCGGUCUUCUAACCCAGAAAACCAGUUUACAGGCUGAAAAUAACAUCAUUAAGACGUCAAGGGCCACAUUUUACCCACUUAGGAAGGAGAAGAACCUGAAUUUGAAUUGGGCUACUGUCUUAGGUGGCUCUGGUCACAUAAAAGGCAAACACACAUCAAUCAAUCAAUUAUAAAGCCCUUUUUACAUCAGCAGAUGUCACAAAGUGCUAUACAGAAACCCAGCCUAAAACCCCAAACAGCAAGCAAUGCAGAUGUAGAAGCACGUGGCGAGGAAAAACUCUGUAGAAAGGCAGGAACCUAGGAAGAAACCUAGAGGAACCAGGCUCUGAGGGAUGGCCAGUCUUCUUCUGGCUGUGCCCAUUGUCUAUCUAUGGGGUUAAUGAACUGAGCGCUAUAGCGUGCUGCUGUUAUAUCGGAUAGCUGAGAAAGGGCCAUGUUUGGGAAUAGGCAUGGUCACGUUCUUCCACAGUUUAAUAACUACAAAAAGAACUUCUUGAAAGUUGGUGAGGCCAAAUAUACUGGCAGGCACAAAAAUGUCUCUCACACACUCAUGUAAACAUAGCCUCACUCACACACAAACAUUGUCACAUAACCACAACACACACGCAAGCACAUGCUCACAUACACACACACACACACACACACACACACAGACAGAGGGCCACACAGGAUUUGUGUUUUGCCAGCUGCUGGGGAGAGGCAGUGUCUUAGGUCCUGGUCACAAUCUUGUCUGGGAUAUUUAAGGCCAGCUCAUGAGGUUGCCAACAAUCCACACUGGCUUCACACAGAUUGAUGGUGAUGGACAUUCACCAUCAUGUUUCAUUCACCCUCACUCUGACAUUAAUGUUGUGGUUGCCUUAAUAAGUAUGGGCCUGAGCUAGAGUAUAUCACUGUAAUGACUAGAAAUACUUUUUGUAUACAAUUGUAUGGGCUUGAAUAGAGACAUGGUGACAGGUGAAAAUACUUUCUGGCCAAACAAUAGCUAGGUUUCCAUCUAAUUAGCGACAGAUUGUCAUGGAAAUAUUCUAAAAUAUGCGUAAAGAAAAUAUGCGCAUUUUCCCACCAGUGAUGUGUUUCCACCAAACUGGCUUCCACCAACAAUCAGUUCGUGAUGACAUAAUGCACACAAACACACACGUUUUUAUUUACCAAAUACAUUUUGUAAGCUUGUGUUUCCAUCGCAUUUUCAACUCUACCGAUAGUUUUGUCACAAAAACUGUUGCGUAAAAUAGCAACUGUGCCAACUCUGGUCUUGGCACGUCCGCUCUAGCCAACAGCCCACAUAUACAGUACGGGUAGGCUAGUCUACAUGAUGAGAUUAUUAUGGAUAAGAGCAAGAAUAUUUUUAUUUGUCAAACGGCAGGCAAGCAUCAAUCAUCAUGUCACCAGAAUAAGACCCUCAAUAUUUAUUGGAAAGGAGCAUCAAGAUCACUGUGCACUUUCACAACCCUGUGAAGUUCAUAACUUAUUUAAUCUGUAGCCUAACCAACUGCAUCGUUUCCUGAGUCAUAGUGGGAGGACCACACACCAUAUCAUCACAUGACUCCAAGUUUACUUAGAUAUGAUGGUUAUUAUAUCAAUAUUUGCGCAUAAAGGCAUUUCCACUGCCAAUCAAAUAAUUUGACCGACAAAAAAAUACAUUUAUAAAAUUGUACCGAAACUUCCUGUUUCCAUCACAGCUGUCGUGAUUUUUUUUAUAAGCUAUGACUUUACUCGUAUAUAAACUGUGGAUGGAAACGUGGUUAGUGACAUGAAUCAAUCAAAAUAAUUGAUGACUUACCAGGGAAUAAAGAAAACCAGCAGUACCACAGACCUUGAGGUGGCUGGUAUUCAAUCAAGUGCAGAUAGUGGGUUUUUCAAAUAUUUCUUUGAGAAGUAAGUUGAAUUUGCACAGCAGUAUGUCCUGGAUGGAGGGAGUUAUCGAAAAUCCACUAUCAGGAAUUUACUGAAUACCAGACAAGGGUCAAAUACAUACUUUUGUAUAUAUAGUGGACACCCUUUUUUCGUUGCAUGCUCUAAUGAACGUGACCUGCCGCAGACUCGUACUAAAAACCCUAUGGUUCCUCUCUUCCAGACCAAACUGGCCCUGCAGAAGCAGCUGUCCAAGGCCCUGUCGGCAGGUUUCCUGGCCAACCACAUGAACCCGGCCACCCUUUGCACCAUGGCCUCCAAUCCACUGACCCUGCGGGGGCCCCCGGGCCCCGGUCACACAGCCCUCAUCCAGAACCCCCUGCUCAGCCCCGCGCUCUUCAGGCCCGCCCCGGGGCCCCUGAGGGCCACUCACACGCCCAUCAUCUUUUCGCCGUACUAGCUGAGUUUGGACAGGCCUGGAUCAAAUUGACCUAGCCUGGACAAGCCAAACUUGGACUAGCCUGGAUCAAAUUGGCCUACAUUUAAAUUUUAGUAGAGCAGACGCUCUAGCCUUUCUAGAUGAAAAAUAAGGACCCUAAUUGGAGCUACUCUGAGGCCCUGUCCAGAAACAACCCUUUACCCCCCCCCCCACCUUGUAACUUGU